AGCUGGGUCGUCCCUUACUUCCUAGCUGGCAUGUCCACACCGCGGUGCGAGGCUGACGUCGUUGCCUUGAGCUCCCCGCACGUCGGCGUGCGCCAUGUGGUGACGCUGACCGAAGAGGAGCCGCUUCCGGAGGAGUGGUUCCAGGGCAAGACCGUCUCGCAUACUCACCUGCCGAUCAGCAACUACCGAGCUCCUUCCAUCGAGCAAGUCGACUUCUUCCUCAGGCUCCUCAACGACCCGACCAAGACGCCGCUGCUCGUGCACUGCGGGGGUGGCAAGGGUCGAGCUGGGACGAUGCUUGCAUGUUACCUUGCAGUCUACGGAUGCCAGCCCCCUGCGACUCAAGAUUGGUCUCAACCCGCCAUGUCAGCCGGGGAGGCCGUCGCUAUGAUCAGGCAGCUUCGGCCAGGAAGCAUCGAGACGGAGGAGCAGGAGAAGUUCGUCCACACCUUUGUGAGCGCAGUGUGGAGGAGGCAGUCGGCGCUGGCCGAGCUGCCAGAGGAGCCCCAGGGAUCUCGCUGGAGGGGAGGGGCAUGA